AGAUCAUCACCAAGGACCAGUUCACCAGGACUUGAACUACUUCUUUCCAGAAUUGCUUAAGAAAAAGUCUGGAAAAUCAGAACUGUACCGGGGUCAAGAACCUCAGUGAAGUAUCAGACAUGAACUGAAUUUCAUGACAUCUGAGGCUGAGAUACCUGAGAAUGAAGUCAGAAACAAGUCUUCUGAUUCCUCAUUAAAAGGUCUCUUUUUCCUGAGUGGGAAAGACAUCUGAAGUUGGCAUGGCUGCCCUCCGAAGAAAGUUCGGCGAGGACUACCACCAGGUCGUAAACCCAACCCGUGGUGGCACGUUUUCGGCUCCUGUAAAGAAAAAGCGACAGCGCUUCGUUGAAAAAAACGGUCGCUGCAAUGUCCAGCAUGGGAACCUGGGAGGUGAGACCAGUCGCUAUCUCUCAGACCUCUUUACCACGCUGGUAGAUUUGAAGUGGCGCUGGAACCUUCUCAUCUUCAUCCUGACCUACACGGUGGCCUGGCUGGUCAUGGCAUUCAUGUGGUGGCUCAUUGCAUAUAUACGGGGGGAUCUGGAGCGCGCCCGAGAUUCAUCCUACACACCCUGCGUCGCCAACGUAUACAAUUUUCCCUCAGCCUUCCUGUUCUUCAUUGAGACAGAGGCCACUAUAGGUUACGGGUACCGCUACAUCACUGAGAAGUGCCCGGAAGGCAUCAUCCUGUUCCUGUUCCAGUCGCUGCUCGGCUCCAUCGUGGACGCCUUUCUUAUCGGUUGCAUGUUCAUCAAGAUGUCGCAGCCCAAGAAGCGCGCAGAGACGCUCAUGUUCAGCCAGGACGCUGUGAUCUCACAACGCGAUGGCAAACUCUGCCUCAUGUUCCGCGUGGGCAACCUGAGGAACAGCCACAUGGUGUCGGCACAGAUCCGCUGCAAGCUCAUUAAGUCUCGACAGACACCUGAAGGCGAAUUUUUGCCAUUAGACCAGUGCGAGUUGGAUGUGGGUUUCGGGACGGGUGCGGACCAGCUCUUCCUCGUCUCCCCUCUAACCAUCUGUCAUGAAAUCAAUCCCAAGAGCCCCUUCUUUGACCUGUCGCAGCGAUCGCUAAUUAACCAGCAGUUUGAGAUAGUCGUCAUCUUGGAGGGCAUAGUCGAGACGACCGGUAUGACAUGCCAGGCACGGACCUCCUACACAGAGGACGAGGUGUUAUGGGGUCAUCGCUUCUUACCCGUCAUGUCUCUGGAGGAGGGCUUUUUCCGUGUCGACUAUUCACAGUUUCACAGCACGUUUGAGGUUCCCACACCACCCUACAGCGUCAAAGAACACGAGGAGAAGCGCUCGCUCCCAUCUCCACUCAUGGUGCCCCACCGUGACCGUGUCUUUUCCGUCAACUGCCUGGAGCUUGGAAAGGAGAAUCUGAAUCUGUCUGGUAGCGCCUCCUGCAGGCUGCCCAGCAAGGUCCAAAGAAUGAGCUCAUCUGGAAAAGACGAUCUGCCCAAAGACGUCCUGCGUCUGAGCUCUCAAGCCUCGGAGAAAGCGUCCAGCACGGGCGAUCUGCCCCUCAAACUGCAGCGCAUGGGCUCGAGUCCGGGCCAAACAGACGACGAUGGUCGCUUUCAUCUCAAAGCUCUUCGAGUGGGCUUUGAACCCAUGACCAUGUCAACUGGAGACCUGCAGCAGAGGAGCUUGCCCCCAAUGUCAUCACCCAUCAACCCUGGUCCUCCACACACACCUCUGCCCUCGGCUGGGCCCAGACUGGGAGAUAAGCUUCCAGCCAAGCUGAGAAGGAUGAACGCUGACCGCUGACCGCUGAGGUCACAUGGACAGAGGAGAGUUGUCUCUCUCUGCUGAUUCUGGAUCAGAAUUAAAUGAGAUUUCAGUGAAAUACGUCUAAUCAGUAUGUAAGAACAACUUCUUUAAAAUAGAGAGUAGGCUUACAUCAAUAACGGUCAGA